UUUCACGAAGAUGGCGCCGAAAGCGAAGAAGGAAGGUGUGUGCCGGGGCUAGGGAUACACAGCUGGCUGGCCUGGGGUCCCCGCAGAGUGAAUGAACUGAGAGGAUGAUGGCUGGGCCAGGCCUUGCGGUGUCUGCUGUGGGGCCGCUCCUCGAGUUUUGGCAACGCUGAGGAGCGCGUGGGCCCAGCCGCAUGGUCUGGGCUUCAGUGAAGGGUGUUGGGGAGGCAAGCCCGGCCGGUACCACCUGCGGGGGACAGCCAGACAGUCGGCUCUGGGGCGCUCCAUGUCUCUACACCUUCCCUGCCCCUCCGAAAGCCGAAGCCAAAGCAAAGGCUUUGAAGGCCAAGAAAGCAGUGUUGAAAGGCGUACACAGCCACAAAAAAAAGAAGAUCCGGACGUCACCCACCUUCCGACGGCCCAAAACACUGCGGCUCAGGAGGCAGCCCAAAUAUCCUCGGAAGAGCGCCCCUAGGAGAAACAAGCUUGACCACUAUGCCAUCAUCAAGUUCCCCCUCACCACCGAGUCAGCCAUGAAGAAAAUAGAAGACAACAACACACUGGUGUUCAUUGUGGAUGUCAAAGCCAACAAGCACCAAAUUAAACAGGCUGUGAAGAAGCUCUAUGACAUUGAUGUGGCUAAGGUCAACACCCUGAUCAGGCCUGAUGGAGAGAAGAAGGCAUAUGUUCGACUGGCUCCUGACUAUGACGCUUUGGAUGUUGCCAACAAAAUUGGGAUCAUCUAAACUGAGUCCAGCUGACUAAUUCUAAAUAUAAAAGUUUUCACUAUA